CUCAAAGCAUCUGCGUCAUCUGGAAAGUCCAACAUGUUUUACUACCCAAAUGUCCUCCAACGCCACUCUGGCUGUUUUUCUACAGUCUGGUUAGCCGCCACCAGAGGCAUCAGGGUCACUCGCAGAGAGCUCCUCAAGGUCAACGUCAGCCGAACAUGCGGGGAUGUUUUGGACUACGUGACAGAUCAGGUUCCUCCACCGCAACCCAACCUACCGAGACCUCGGUUUUCCCUCUACCUGUCGUCUCAGCUGCAGUAUGGAGUGGUUGUAGUCUACCACAAGCAGUGUGACUUCCUGCUGGAGGAGGCUCAACAUACCAUUAACCGCCUGCUGCGCUCUAAAAGAUGCAUAUAUAUUGACAUAGCUCAGUCUGACAGGUUGACCUUGGAUGUGCCUGACAGCAUGUACAUGAUGGAGGAGGCUGAGGGAGCUCAUAACCCCUUCUUCGGUCUUAUGGAAUCACACCAGCUGCCCAGCCCCUACAAAAUACAGCAGCUAAUGUCGGGGAUUGAAGCAACGGGUUCACAGCACUCCAUGGUGCACAGUCCCCACAGCACACUUGACAUCGAUGGUUUCAGGUCACUUCCGGCUGCCAUCUCCCUGAAGGAGAAGGAGCAGUUCGGCAUCACCGCUGCUGAGUAUUUUGAGGGAGACGACCUUCCCGAAGCCACAGCCAGAGAGAUCGACUUGUUGAUGGAUCAACAAGAUCAUUUCCAUAAAGAAGUGAAAGGGCCGCAAACAGACGAGCGAACUGGGGAACAUGAAGGAUCCGUGUCCUCUGUUGACCGGCCGGGAGCAGAGCGGGACACUGUGAGGCUGCUCAACGAUGAGUCGGGUCAUCCUGCGGAGGUUCCUCAGGCAGCUGUUGCCCUAGAGAUGACCCCACUGCAGGUUGCCAUGCCAACCCCACCCUCCAGAGCAUCUGGGAGAGAGGGAGACAGGGACCCAGAGAGUCCCUGUGAGGAGAUGGUGGCUGCUCCUCUUAGGAAGCCCGGAAGAGGUCGCAGGCGUCAGCUGGUCUUCGCAGACCCUCAGGUCCAGAUAUCUGAAAGAACGAUGAAGGAACAGAUUGUAAACCGGCUGGCCGAGACACUGAAACUGUCUGAGGUGUUGCUGGACUUGCCCUCCCUGACCAUGCGUGCCACACCUGCCCAGCUCUUUGUCGCCCCCUGUGGAUCCCUCCUCCAUGCUGACCUCCAGUCACUGUGGAAGCAAUGCGCCUCGCCCACCGACCUGCCCGGACACGAGGAGGAAGAGGAGUCUCAGCAAGACAGAGAGAUACUGAGAACAGAGAGGAAGAGGAGGCAGUCAAGCAUGAGGGAGAUAUCCAGUGAGUCAGGACUGCAACCCGCUGAGGGCUCAUCUGUAGUGGACGGGAUGCUGGACAUGUCCAAGGAGGACAAAUCCGUCAGCGACGCGAUCACUCCCGCCAGCAGAUGGUCUCCACAAGAGGAGGCCCAACUACGAAUGGAGCCUAUAGCGGAGGAGAAUGUCGACAUGCCCGAGGCUCAGAAUGAGGCGGAGGACAUGCUGAGCUGGAUCUCCUCCCGCCUCCAGAGGUUCGGGGAAAUCACCUUUGACUCUCUGAUGCCCCCAGAGGCUGACCGCACCACUGCAGCACACACACUCUACAAACUGCUGGAACUGCUGUCUGCUCGACAGGUGACCGUACAGCAGACUGAUCCCUUCAGUGACAUCACCAUAAAUGCUGCAGUGCUCAGGAUGACCGCUUGAACAUACACACAUACAGUUACUCACACUAAAGUGCCAUAGAGGUACAGUUCAUGUUUUGUAUUUUAAAUUGAUGGGUAUAUUGAAUGAAUUUGAUAGCUUCAACAACAGAUCACAUAGGUUAAAUGUUUUUAUAUGAAUUGUUAGAUUUAGUGUGAAACAUUGAGCUGCAUCACUUUUGCAAGUGUUUUAAUUAUUUUUAACCAUCUUAAAUCUGGUUUUAAUUUGUUCAUAUGGUUGUAUUUUUAAAUAUGUAUACCCACCGAGUUUAUCAGUGUUACAUGAUCUAAUGUCACAAACCGUUAUUGAAGUUUUUAAACUUCUGGACGCAACAUGUUUUGUUAUACAGUUUGUAUCUUCUGUAUG